AUGGCCUUUUUGCGUUUCUUUAAGUCAAUAUUACCCCAGUUGGUUCAUGCUGUAGCAGCUUCUUUCUCUCCACCUGACGAUUCCAACGAAUCAGGCCAGUCUGGAGCCUUGGCAAUGAUUUCGGGCACAUCUGGUACAGUUGCAGUCGAGUCUGAUGCCCAAGGCUCAGGAAUCUCCAAACCGACUUCAGGUGAGGCUUUUGCUCGCCUCCUCGCUACUUUCGAUUUCACAAACCUGCUGCGACAUGUUCUAUUCCUCGAUGUUGGCUUCGAAGCUCGCCACCUUCGUGAGCUAUGUAUAGGUCAAAACGAGGCUGCCAUGUUGGGCACAAUCUCGAUCUCAGCGGCUUCUCUACGUUUCACUCCAUUUUAUCUGAUACAUGACAUCUGUCCUAUCGAUCCGGAUACUGGGUAA